GUUCAAAUCCUCUCUCUCUGUCUCUGUUUCUAAAAUCUAAAAAUCUCUUCUUCUUUUUUUCUCUCAAUCUCUGUUACGAGAAACAAUGAAGUCACCAGCGAAGAUCGGAGAGAAUCGUUUCUUGGGAAACAUAUCGACUUCUUCAAUCCGAAACUUGCUUCCCAGAUCCAUCUCUGCGAAACAGAAAUCGAUUCAAAACUCAGAUUCAAAGAGUUUCAGAUCCAACGACGAGAACGCUCCUCCUUGUGACCCUAACAUACAGACGACUAAUCAUCAUCAUCAUCAUCUCAACUACAACAACAACAACAACAACAAUGAUCUUCAAUUGAAGAAAAAAUCGCCUCAAAAGGUGUUGUUCCCCUCUGCGACUCAUCAGGUUGAAGCGAAGAGCGUACUCGUCCCUAGAACUAACUCAAUGGUUAAUGAGAUUACAGAGGAAGAUGAUGACUCAUUGGGUGACCAGAUUCGUGAACUAAAGGAAGAACUAGUAAGAACCAAGUCUGAUGGGUUCAAACCUGACGGAAGCAACUUUGUGAGGGAGAGUUUGAGUCAAUUGAGAAACAGCAUCAACAAGUCUUCUUUAGUCAUGUCGUGUGCUAACAACAACAAACAAGGUUCAGAAAAGGAAACAAUGUAUGAAGCUGAUGAUGAUGAGGACGAUGGUGAUGUAAUGGAACUGAGUAAACAUAUCAACAAGUUUCAUAGUUACUGUGAUUCUGAGGACUUGAGGGAUUCUCUUCAAUCCUCAUUCGCAAGUGCUUCAGGCUGUGAAGCUGAGUCAAUGAGUGGAGAUGAUAUUUGCUCUGUUGAUAAACACAAAUAUUGUGCCUUGGAUCAUUCUGUUCCAAACACUGUGGGAAAUGGGAUCUCAAUCAGUUUACCGCAUCAGACACGCAUCCUUGAAGAGCCACCAUUGUCAGAAUCUCCAAAGAUCAGGAAUUUUAGGAAAAGCGUGGCUGCGUCGACAAAGUUUCAGGCAACUCCUAGGAAUGUAAACGAGAUCUCAGACAUUGGAAACAAAAACGUCCAACAGUUUGGUCCUUCUAUGUCCUCAAAGAAGCAUUUAAGUCCUACAGAUUCUCUAGCUGCAAGUCUCCAGAGAGGACUGCACAUUAUAGAUUGUCACCAACGGAGCUCGCUGUCAAACAGAUCUUCUGUUUCAUUCUCCUUUGGCCAUCUCUCUCUGAAGCCUUGCGAUGAAAGCGAUAAUCUUAGUGCUUCGGUUAAACUGUUACAGGAAAAUAGACCUAAAGAAGGUGGAUCUUCGAUUCUCCUCUGUCUUUCUUGCAGACAGAAACUUGACCAAGAAGCUGAAGGAGGAUAUAAGGCAAUAGAAGAAGCUUGCGCGGACGAGAAGCAUCUCAAGAACAUGUGUGUGGAGCAGGCUACCAAAAUUGAGCAACUAACUAGUCUGUUAGACCAAUACAAAAAGAACACUGUGCAGGAGUCAAGUAAGCUAAUGAAAUCUGAUGAUGGAGAAGAUGAGACAGAGGUCGUGAAGGAAACAUAUGAGACAAACCAAAGUAGUGAAGGGUUUGGGAAAGUAAGGAUUGAUCUCAGUGAAAAGGAAGCUCUUUUAAAGGAGAUUGCAGAGCUCAAAAGCAAGCUGCAGCCUACAAAAUCAACUGAUAAUCUGAGAUCCUCUUUGCUGUUACGGUCCUUUCAAAUGAGGAAGAGCACUGACUUUACCAAGAACACUGAGAACAACAACGAUGUGCUGGAAGAAGAACGUGAAAGGUGGACAGAAAUGGAGAGUGAAUGGAUAUCUUUAACAGAUGAACUAAGGAUGGAUAUCGAUAGCCAUCGUAGUCACGCAGAGGAUCUAGAGAUAGAGCUCAGAAAGGAGAAAAUGGCGACAGAGGAGUUGAAUGAUGCUAUUAGUAGAGCUAUGCUUGGUCACAGUAGACUCAUCGAGCAGUACACAGAACUGCAGGAGAAGUAUGAUGAAUUAGCUGAGAGGCAUAGCGUGACGAUGGCAGGAAUCGUCGAUGUGAAGAAAGCAGCAGCUAAAGCUGCUUUGAAAGGUCGCCAUGGGAAGCGUUUUGCGAAAGCCUUUUCAGCUGAGCUUACGGCCAUAAGAGCAGAGAAGGAGAAAGAAAGAGAGUUCUUGAAAAAGGAGAACAAGGCCCUUAAAAUUCAGCUGCGAGAUACUGUUGAAGCUGUUCAAGCUGCUGGCGAAUUACUUGUCAGACUCCGAGAAGCUGAGCAAGCUGUACAAUCCUCUGAGGAACGUUUCAGCUCAAUAGAAGAGGAGAAUGACAAGUUGAAGAAUCAAAUGGAGAAGUUAAAGAGUAAGCACAAAACAGAAAUGAGCACAAUGAAGCAAUACCUAGCAGAAACCAAAUUACCAGGGUCAGCAUUAAAGCCAUGGUUCAAGGAGAAUGAGCAAAAGCCAUGGUUCAAGGAGAAUGAGCAAGAGGUGGAAGAAGAAGAACAUGUAACAUCAUCAGAAAACAGAACCGGUGUGGUGAGCUAUGACGAUUAUACAGACGAUCAGGCAUGGAGAGCAGAGUUUGGAGCCAUUUAUCAAGACCAUGACCAUUACUGAUUUGAUCAUUUCAUUCCAAGAACAAAAACUUGUUUUUAACCAUGACCUACCUUGGGUCUAUUUCAUCUUUUUUUUAUGUUGCCUUAAAAAAUCCCAAAUCGUUUUGUUAUUCUUGUUGUUGUCUUUACAUCUUCCAUUACUGUAUGGCAUGUAAUCAGUUUCUUUGUGUAAUCUCAGUAUUAUUAAAUCAUUCAUUGUCGUCUUCUUAA